GUCUAAUUCCAGCCGAUGGGAGGGUUCUUCCAGGCAUGUGGCAAGCUCCGGUGAGAGAAGUCAUCCAUCCAGAUUUGGGGUUCUUCGAGGCUGGCAAGUUGCAAAUUGGCAUGCAAUAGUUCUGAGUUUUGAGUUCGACAAAAUUAGGGUUCAGAUUGGGGGAGUCGGGAGGCGAAAGGAAGAAAUUGCUGGGGAGAUACGAUUGAAGGCACCAAAUGAUGAGAGGAGCAACAUGAGACAGGUCGGAGGGUAUUUGCGAAGAAGAGGAGUAGAAAAGGGCAAAGUUGUAUUUUGUCAUUUUCUAUGAAAAAUUAAAUUGUUGGCUAAUAAAUUAUGGGGCCAUAAACAAUGAAAAUAAUUGUUGAAAACCGACACUUUAAGUUUCCGAGAUUUUUAAUAAGGAAAUUCGGCCAGAAAUUUUUCAGAGCACAUUUCCGGAUCCAAACGACCCGUUAUCGUACCCAAGGUUGUCUACAUCCUUGAUGAUGAACUUUUUAAAUAAGAAUUGUCAAACAUAAUUAUAUAUUAUAGCAAUAAGUACUUCAUGCAUAUUUAUUAGAAUAUACCUGAAUCGUUAGUUGCACCUAAUGGGGAUAAUGUUAUUAAUACCUAGUCGACAUUUUUUGCUAAGAAGUUCAAAAGUGAAUCACAUAGAAGUUCUAUUCUCCUUCUUUCUAACUUGAGUUGCUAUUUCUUGGACAGUUGGACUUGAAUUAAAUUGAAAGUAGCCCAAAGACAAUCGAGCAAAAGGAAUAAAAUUAAACAAGAGAUCAAAAGCUAUAUACAUGGUUGACAUCGCUAGAGUAAUAACAAAUAAAGAGUAUCUAUAAUUAAUAUAGGUAGCCCGACCAACAGAGACUAUGAUUACUAAUAACCACCUUCUUUUGUCUUUGAGAUUGAUAAGCUGCAACAGUGGUUCUGUCACUUUUUGUUUAAUAUUUUAUUCUGAUAAAUUUCUAGCUACCCCUUUAUAUAGUAGUCUUUUAGGGUUGUUGUCGUUGGAUUCUUAUCCUGUCCAAAAAUUUCCUUAGAUUCCUCCACAUGACAAAAUUUCUUAAAGUUGAUUAUGUUAAUAGUUUGUUCUUAGGGUAAAUAAUUGUGAAUCCACCAUAUAGCUAGUGGUUAGUUUCUUAGGAUACACCACCCCAUUGAUAAGUCAUUACUCACUAAUAGUGAAUAUUUCAUUUAAAUGGUCAAAUAUAAAGUUAAUUAGACUGAGUAAUGAAAAAACUGGGCAUCACACGUACUAGUCGAAUCCACUGAACACAAAAAGAUAUGCCUAAACUACUAAAAUGUUCCUAAUUUUUCCGGAAUUUUUCAUAAAUUUUUAGCCUAACAUAUUUAAUGAACAUAAAUUACUUUUUGCUAGUUAACUUAGAAACCCAACCAAAUAACCAAGCCAAUAAUUACCUCUUUCUUUUUCCAGCAAUACUCAAAUUAUUGAGAUCAACUCAUCCACUAUUAUGGCUAGCUUUAUGGGUUUUGCCUCUCUCUAAUAAGAUAUAUCUAAAAAUAUGCGAAAAAAGUCAUGAUGAAAAAGCAGACAAACACAAACCUAAUCACUACCAAUCAUUCAGAAAACAGAAACAAAGUCCCUACUGGACUGUACCCACAUUUGUUUACAUAUCUCUUCUCCAACUCUAUAAAUCAAUCCAUCCUAGGGUUCUUCUUCUUCCCUUCUUGUGGUAAAAUAAAAUAACAUUAACAAGUAAUUAGUUUAGCAGAUCCGAAUUCAAGAGUGAGGCCGCAGGAAUGAGCAGAGGAGGGAGCUACGGCGGCGGGCAGAGCUCCCUGGGCUACCUUUUCGGGUCCGGCGAGAAAGAACCACCUCAAGGACAGCGACCAUCUCCUUCCCGGCAGCCGGUCAACCUCCCGCCCUACGGAGUUGACUUAGAAAUGAUGCAGGCGCCUGAUCGUGAUGAUCUUCACGCGCCGCCGCUGACUGCUGACCAACGACCGCCGGGAAAGGAUCUUCAGAAGCCUUCCCCUUCAAACAACUACCCCAGGGCUCAGGGACAGAAUUCCGGCAACUUCAUCACUGAUCGGCCCUCGACAAAAGUGAAGUCAGUUCCUGGAGGAAAUUCUUCUCUGGGAUACUUGUUUGAGGAUCAACAAGACUAGCUUGAUCAUAACCUUAUUGUUGUGGGCUUCAUUAAUUAUGAUGCAUGAGAUUAAAAAAAAAUUGAUAUGGAGCUCAUGGGUUUGCUUAAGUUUUCUAUUAAUGUUUGGGUUUGCUCUUUCUUUCCAAUAAGAUAGAGGUGAAGAAUUGUAAUCUUAACCUUCUCGAGAGAAGUGAUGGAACAUCUGGUUGAUGGGUCACUCUACUAAUUAUCUAGGGUUGUGUCUGUUUCUGUGGAAUUGCAGACUGACUAGAAAAAUGUGGUCAUGGUGAUCAUAUGUAUGUCUAUGUGUGGUUUUCAUAUGUAGUCCCAAAGCAAUUUAAUUAGUAAGUUUGGUUUGUGCUUUAUAUUGUCAACAAAAAGAAAGCUUCGUUAUGGUUUGUAUGAAAGUGGACUGUGGAGCCUGUUGAGGAAAGCAAAUUCAUGGCUCCAUAUUUUAUACCCGAAUAUGGGUUUUGUGUAUGCAAUGACGAUGGCAGAAAUGGGCAUGCAAUUGGACUUCGAUCCAAUACUUUUUCAAAUUUGGGAAACCCUGCCAAAUCUGGUAACCUUUGUGUACAAUAUUUAAGGGGGAUUUUUCCAUUUAUGUUCAUGCAAAUAAUCAUAUAUUAAAAAAUAUGUCAACAGAGCACAAUAUUAUAUAAUGAUUUUGAAUGGCUAUUAUGUUGCGCACAUUACUAAUUGUGUACAUAUCAAAUAUUUUAUAAUUGGGGGUUAGUGGUGUCUGUCUGCUGCUUGUGUAGGGCGCUGUUUAUUCAAUUGUGUUAAUCGCAUUGUAGCCUUGUAGGGCUGUUUUUUUACCAGACAAGCUAGUCAUCAUACAAUGAUUUGGGAUGAGAGUAUUGAGGAACCAUACAGCUACGUAGGGCUGGCAAUUUGGUCCAGGACUGUUUGGUUUUACCCGAAACCGGACCGUAUAACCCGGAUCGGGACCAGACUGGGACCGGAUAGCAAACAAUCCAAUUUCAUAUUCGGGCUUAGAUUUGAGGUAAAAAAAACCUGGAUAAAGACCGGAUAAGAGACCCCAACACUCAAAUCCCCACAAGCUCAAUUUAAAAUCAAAAUCAAAUUAGGACCGGACUGGGUCAAGACCGGAGUGUAUCCAAUUCAAUCUUUGGUCCUUAUAUUCCCGAAAAGACCGAACUGAGACCAGAUCAAUUUGGUCCAAUUUAACCGGACCAGACCGUACAGCCACCCCUAUAGCUACGUACUCGAGAUAAACAUUUUCAUAUACUUGGUUGUUCAAUCAUUAUCAUUUUCUCUAAAGUUUUUUUUUUUUUUUUUACAUAUGUUUAGUUUUAGUAUUAAAUGUACUUUAAGAGAUUUGAACUUUUGGCCUCGAGAGUGAAGAUCGAUGAUAGACGACAGACCUAAUAUUUGUUUGCCCAUUUUAUCUAAACUUAGAUAUUUUUGAAAUGACACGAAUCUAAUAAUUCAUAUGUGUAUGA